AUGAAGUGGCUGCUUACCUUUCUAUGCCUGAGUAUCUACAGCGCAGUAGUGCAUGCCGCAAGCAGUACUGGAGACAGGCUUCUUGUUAUCCAGGAGGACGAGACUGAACGAGAUCUAUUUUCGGUCUUCUGGGCAGACCUGGAAAGUCGAGGAUACAAACUUACAUUCGAAUCGCCGAAGAACACCAAGCUCUCUCUCUACCACCUAGGAGCUCGUGCUUACGACCAUCUCAUACUUCUCCCGCCAAGAUCUAAAGGCCUUGGACCUGCCUUGACGCCAAAGGCACUGCUAGACUUUGUCAAUGACAAUGGAAACAUUCUAGUUGCGCUGUCCGGCGGUGCUCCUACACCCAACGGAGUCAGCUCUCUCCUCCUCGAACUCGACAUACAUCUCUCUCCGGACAGAGCUCCAAUCGUUGUCGACCACUUCAACUAUGAUACCAUCUCUUCCACGGAGAAACAUAACGUUCUCCUUCUACCACGUCCGGACAGACUACGUCCUGAUACCAAGCCCUUCUUCAAUGGAGAGGGUAUCAUCGCCCUUCCAAACGUUGCUGGACAGUCCCUAGGAAACGACAGCCCCCUACUAGCUCCUAUCAUUCGAGCCCCCGCCACAGCUUAUAGCUAUGACAAGAGAGAUGACGAUCAAUCGAUCGAUCAGAAGCUUCCAACUGGUUCGCAGCUGGCUUUAGCCACUGCUAUGCAGGCAAGGAACUCAGCGAGAGUCACAGUCCUUGGAUCAGUUGAUAGUUUGAAAGACGAAUGGUUCAAUGCCAAGGUACAAGCGCCUAAGGGCGAGAAAGUAGAGACCGCCAACAAGCAGUUUGCCCAACAGCUUACCGCCUGGACCUUCCAGGAGACGGGUGUAGUGAAGGUUACUCGUGUUGAACAUCACUUGAACGAGAAGAGUGAUAUUGAGUCCGGACCCAAGGAGCUUAACCCGUCUAUCUACCGUAUCAAAAACGAUGUGACAUUCACCAUUGAGCUGUCAGAAUUCAGCUACGACCAAUGGAUACCCUACUGGACCCCAGAAGAGGAUGCAGUCCAGCUUGAAUUCACCAUGCUAUCCCCAUUCCACCGCCUUAACCUGCAGCCCGUGGACAGAACAGAGCACACCGCCAUCUACAGAACCUCUUUCACUCUUCCCGAUCAGCAUGGCAUCUUCUCCUUCCGCGUCAACUACAAGCGGCCUUUCAUCACUAACAUUGAAGAGAAACACGAAGUUACCGUCCGCCAUUUUGCCCACGAUGAGUGGCCACGCAGUUGGCGCAUCAGCGGUGGAUGGGUCUGGAUUGCCGGUCUCUGGUCUGUUAUCGGGGGGUUCCUCGCCUUUGUGAUGGUCUGGCUAUAUUCUGCACCACCAAUGAAAAGCAGCGCUGCUAAAAAGGAGCAAUAG